CCCGGGGAAGCCGCUCGGCUGCAGCCCCCGCGGCGAGGGGCCGGACCGGGGGGCAGGACCGGCCCGCCCCGGCCAGGCAGCGGCACAGGGAGGGAGGCGAACGCCCGGCGGGGCCGCAGCUCCGCCGCCCCGAGCGCCGCUCCCGGCCCGGUCCCGCUUCCCGCUCCGAGAUCCAGCUGCGGAAACACCGAGGGGAGCGCACGCAACUUUGGAGCGGGUCUGCCGGCCCGCCGCUCCCCCCCCGGUUCCCGGUGUCCCCCCCGUCCCUUGUUCCCGGUACCGGCCCCGCCAUGCCCGCCGCCUACCCGCAGCGGGCCCUGACGGUGCUGCUGCUCUUUGGCACGUUGGCCGCCGCCAUGGCCCUGCUCGCCUCCAGCCUCAUCUUCCAGCUGCCGUCGGGGCGGGCCGGUCCCGCUGCCGGUGCCGGUGCCGGUCGAGGGGCUCUACCGGAGCCGGCGGCCGCCGUGCUGCUGCCGGUGUCGGCCGUGCUGGCCGCGCUCUGCCUGGUGCUCAACGUGAGCUGCCUCCUGCUCUGCCUCCUCCACGGCUACUUCAGCACCGAGCUGUGCCGGGGGCAGCCCGGGCCCGACCGGGCAGACUGGUUCCUUCUGGACAGCCGGAUGGUUCGCCACGCUGCCAUCGGCUUGUUCUGCUGCGGCGUCUCAGUCUACCUAACAGCUCUCGCCAUCUACAUGCUGCUGCUGUUUGAACUGGAGGCCGGCAUUGCCAGCGCUUGUAUCCUCUCCUCCGGCAUCAUCGUCCUGCUCAUCACGGUGACGCACGCCCUGGUACGGGCUUCCCAGGUUUCACGCCGCAGCCGCUCCGAGGUUUCUCACACCCUGUACGAGAACGACUCUGCCCAGCACGGCGAAUCCUCCGCCAGCGAUCUCAACAACAAAAACGUGGCUGCACCCCGGCCCCGGCCUGAAAUCCAUCGGGAAUUUUCCUUCCCUCCUUUCCUGGAGCACAAAUCCCAGCUGGGCUCUCCGGCCAGCAGCAACCUCACCUCCUCGGGCAGCCCCGGGCUCCGCUCCGAGAAGGAGAGCUACAACCCGCCCCGGACGCACAGGACGCUGUCGGCAGAGUCAGGGCUGCUGCAGGCGCAGGGCAAGCCCUGGAACGGCGUCACACAGGAGAUGAGGAACGUGCUGUCACGCAAACCUGGAGCCUCAGGCAAGGACUCGACUCUGGUGUGAGUGGAAG